CGCCGACGAGCUCCGUGGAGGUCUGAACAUGUGCAGCGGCAUCCGUCCUGCAUGCGUCCCAGCUCUCCAGAGAUGCAGCAGCCAUCGUUGACUAAGUGGCGCUGCGGACUGAAACCAGCGUCUGUCCGUGUGCGUGGAAGCCUGUUGAGCGACGCUUCGGCGUCCGACACAGUGUUUGUCACGUUGCGCUCCAGUCGCUCACCAGUCGAGUCGUAACGGUAAGUCAAUCUGCCGCCCGUAACUGGAUCCCGGCUGAAUGGGAGCGAAAUGAAUGAAACAUGUGACAAGGUGUGAUUAGUUCUCCCCCAAUCUGGCUGCGUGCUUGUUGACAGAUGGGCCUUUUGUCAAGGUAAUGUGUUCAACAGAAUAACCAGGUACAUAAUUACCUGUUGCUUUUGAGGCUAUUAGAGCCAUUGUUGUGUUAAAGCGUUCUAAAGGUACAACGGUUCAGCAGGACAAUCAAAGGGGCUCGUUCAACGUAUGUGACCCCAGGCAGCAUCUAAACUACUUUGGCUGCUGUCUAUUAAAGACAUCUUGCAGCUUCACUGUAAAUUCAAAUGUUAUUUCUUUCCAGUGUGGCCUCGGAUUUUCUUGAACCACAGCUGCGCAUAGGCUCGGUUGCAUCAGAUUAGGGCUCUAUUCAUCCGGGAUCCACGUAAACACGAUAGGGUAUUACGAGGUUGAAGCGGAAAGGGGUGUGACCGCGGUGUUGGAUUUCACCUUAAACCACCUGGAGAGGCGACACUUAAGGCGCGCUGGUCGCAGCUCCGGCAGCAGCGGAGACGCGCCUCUCGGUCGCUCAGUGCGAGCCUCGUCGUUUGAAUGACAACACGUGUGUGACGGCCGGAGUGUAUUCGCGUCGCCCUGAGACGAUGGACAGCAGGAUGCGGCCGCUCGGCCUCGCCGCGAACGCGCUCGGCGGCUUGCAGGUGCCCGCGUCCCUCCUGCGCCCCCCGUCUCUGUUCCUCCGGGCGUGUAACCCCACGCUGGAGAGGGGGUACCCACGCACCCCCAAGUGCGCCCGGUGCAGGAACCACGGCGUGGUGUCGGCCCUGAAAGGCCACAAGCGCUUCUGCCGCUGGAGGGACUGCGUUUGCGCCAAGUGCACGCUGAUCGCGGAGCGGCAGCGGGUGAUGGCGGCGCAGGUGGCGCUGCGGAGGCAGCAGGCGCAGGAGGAGAGCGAGGCCCGGGAGCUGCGGCUCCUCUACCCCGGCGCGGGGAUGGGGGCGGACGCGGGGGUCCCGCAGGGGUCGCCUGUGGGCCCCGCGGCACUCAGCAGCACCCCGACAGCUCCGAGGUUUGAUUUUGGGCCAGAGCAUCAAAAAGAUGAUGACAAAUUGAGCAAGUACAGCUUUUACAACGGAUUCGUGGGUCGACCUCUGUUUGCGCCGCACGCGCCUCGACUAAGUUCUCCGAGCGACGGACAGGACUUGUCUCCAAACGCGGACGGCGCCGCUUCCUUCGCCAAACACGGAGCGAGUCCGUCCCCGGUGUUCGACCAGCGCUCGGAGCCCACGGAGAGUCCACAGAGGUCGCCGUCCUCCUCGGAUGCGGAGUCAGGGAGCGAGUCGGACAAACCCAGGGACUACCCGAGCCUGGAGCGGGACCGGGACCGGGACCGGGACCCGGACCCGGACCCCGCCGGCAUCAUGGCCAAGAUCUUCCCUCACCAGAAGCGCGACACGCUGGAGACUAUGGUGAGAACGUGCAAAGGAGACAUUGUCCGGUCCAUUGAGCUGGCGUUGAACUCCAAGGAGAGCAAAGCAGACGCCGAUGCGUCUCUGUCUCAUCACCCGCACGCGCUCCGGCCUCCUCUCGGACUGCCCGGAGCGCUGGGCGCCAAGUCCGCCUUCUCGCCGCUCCACGUGCCGCCCACGGCCGCCGGGGGAGACGCGCUGUACGGCUUCAGCCCUCGCCUCGGCGUCAGCCCGCUGCGUCUGGCGUAUUCCUCCGUAAACGGCGGCAUGGCCGGCUUUAUGUCCCCAUACUUACCCCCAGGACUGAUGCCAGUGUUUCCGCUGCGUCCCCCCUUGGACUCGUACUCCUUUCCUGGCAUGAUGCGUGAUCUUUCCUACCUUCAGAGCAAGGAGUCCUUAUGCAAUACAGGCCUCUACACACAGAUGAACCAUGAAAAAUGACAACUUGAAAAAUAUCAACGAAUAAAAAUAUUAAUGUUACUGUAAAAUAGCAUAUUUUCGUAUUUGCUUCUUAAAGUGCCUCAGAUUUUGUUUUAAAAAUGUAAUUUUGUAAAGACUGUUUAUUACUAAUAAACCGAUCAAAAU